AUGCCUUUGAUGAGGGAUUUGGUGCGGCGGAAACAAGCGCGCCAACCAACAGUGACAAGGAAGGUACGAUUUGUUUGGGUCGUGAAGCGGCACGGGCAAGUAGGAUGGUUCACAAGAGAGUUUGCGGAUGCGGUAAAUAGUGUUGCAGGGAUGAAGGACUUUGCGUUGGAAACCAGUAUAUAUGUGACCUGCGACGAAACCUUAACCACAGAUAAGGCUCCUGAAUACGAAGAGAAGCAAAAGCCUCAGCUAGAGUCUGAAAAGGAAGUGGCUGGUCUCUCUGAAACAGAGCUCUGCGGUGGUGAUGUGUGCUGCUGUCAAGAAACACUCGAAGACGAAGACGCUAUCGUGUCACCUGACGCUGAAAAAUCCAAGGCAGAGUGCUGCUGCUGCGGACCCAAAAAAAAGGAGGGACAACAAAACAUCAACAAGAACUCGUCGGCGGCUACUUUAUGCCUACCAGAUGAGGUGCAUAUCAUGGCUGGACGUCCAGCAGUUAGGUCAAUCGUUCAGAAAGAGCUGGAGAGAGCACUCGGGGAGACUGCCGUAGUGGUGUGUGGACCCGCGGGGCUGAUCGAUUCAAGCCGGACGGCAGUUGUCGAGUUGAGUGAUGAGAGGGCUGUACACAAAGGAACCGGGGCCCAGGGUAUUUGGUUCCAUGCUGAGGCUUUCAGAGCGCUUAAUUCAUUGAAUAAUAUGUACGCUUCUAGGAUUGAUAUUAACCGAUCGAGUGAUAACUGCCUAAAUAUUUCAUACUAG